ACCCCGCUCGUGAUCAUCUUAGUUGACUGAUCGUCCGCGUCGAUUCUUUGUAGAAUAGCGCACACGCACACAUUAUACACAUCUACAUACAAAUUGCACGAGAGUCCGAACUCCGAGUGGCGAAUGCGGAGGCAGUCGCAGUCAGUCGCGCAAACACACGCACGCACACACGCGUACGAUAUACACACGCACAUACGGCGACUCCGAACACAGCCAGUACCAGACGUGCCACAGUGUGUGUGCGGUUCUGUCGGGGAGAGUACGUGAGCUGUAUACUCUAGUGUAUAUUGUCGCGCGCCCGCAGGUUUAUCUCCGUGAGAAAGAGAGAAAAAACACAAGCUCGUAUCUGCCUGUGUAUACAUACACAGAUGCUCCGCGACCGUAUACAGCGACGAUCAAACUAAUCGUCGAUAAUCGAAGAUCGUGUGCUCUUCUAUGCGCUGCGGGAAGAGUUGGGUGCAAAAGUGUCCGCGUGCGACGAUCGAGUGAGUGGCUGCACAGCGCACAGUGUGUAAAAUAUCGUUCCGUGUGAUCGAAGAUUCGUUAUAAAAUGCUCGGAGCUGCUGCUGCUGCUGCUUCCGAGUUAGUGGCGAGCAGUGCUGCUGCAGCGAAUCUCUUCGCGAGGAUGGACGCCUCCUCAGCGUCGACGCUCGUUACAGCCUCGCGUUCCUGAGACGGAACCAGAGCCAGAGAACCGCCUCUUUCUGUACUAAACCCUUUCGCUCGAGAGGAUCGAGCACCAUAACCUUACGAUUUUUACGUAUAACAAUAAUACGUGAACUGGUGCUGCAGCCACUGGUCACUGCUGCUGCUGGCGCGAUGGUUCCGCUGCUCGCAGCCGUCUUAGCACUUUUGUGCUGCUGCUGCUGCUGCUCGCCCGGGGCGGCCACCACGUCGAGCUCGUCGUCGCUGGCAUCGUUCCCGAAGCUGCCGAAGCUGCAGGAUUAUCAAAACUUGGUGGCGGCGGCUGCUAACCUCGGCAAGGCAGCGGCGUCGCUACCCGACAACAAUGGUGUCGAGUGCCCGAGCAUCUGCACCUGCGGCACGUGGCUCAUCGGGCAACAGUCGCUGCUCAAGGCGUCCUGCGCCGGCCAGAAUCUCUACAGCGUCAACGCCCGGGUGCCCUACUACGUCCAGGUCCUCGAUCUGUCCAACAACUCGAUCGGCGUGUUGGAAGAUCGACAAUUGUCGCGAGCUGGUCUCACGAAGCUGAGAUACUUGAACUUGUCGAUGAACUCGAUCAACGAGAUCAGACGGAAGGCCUUCGACGACCUGGUGAACCUCACGGCCCUAGAUCUGUCCUAUAACCGCAUCGACUUCAUCGAUCCCGACGCCUUCUUCUUCCAACACUAUCUCGUCGUCCUCAAGCUCGCCGGCAAUAAGUUCAACCUGUUCGUCCCGAUGAUUCACAGCAUUUCCCUGAAGGAGCUCGAUCUGAGUUACUGCUACAUCACCUACUUGAAGAAGGACAGGUUCCAAGGGUUGCAGCAACUGCGCACGCUCAAUCUGGCGGGCAACCAAUUGAACACGCUGGAAAAGGACGUGUUUCAGAAUUUGAAAUUGCUGAAAACGCUCGACCUAUCGAGGAAUAAAUUCAUCAAGCUCGAGCGUGACGUGAUCAGGGUGCUGCCGAACUUGUCCAAGUUGACUCUCGGCGGCAAUCAAUGGUUCUGCGAGGCCACCAUGUUCGAUCUCAAGUACUAUCUGAACAAUCGCAACGUGACCUACGACUCGUUCUGCGAGAAGCCCGGCCUAGAGGCCGCCUUCAAGAAGAUCAUCGACAUGAACAACGUCGAGGCUGAGCCGAUCAUCACGAAGGUCGGCGAGGAGACGGCUGACGACGACCAGACGGACAACUGGGAACUCACCGCCUGGCACCAGAUGGAGGAGACCAUACGUCAGCAUCAGUUGGCGGCGGCGGCAGCGGCUGCCAAACACGCUGAUCAGCCGUUCUUCAGUUUUCACAACGUCACGCCCGGCUGGUUCGUCAUUCUUGGCUUCUUUCUCGGCUGCACCCUGACGAUCAUUGUCACCUACACGUGGCUAUCGACGUCCGUUACCUGCAAAGUACCGAGAAUGAGACAAGAAUCCGAAGAGACCAAUAAUUCAGCUGAUACGAAUUCACAGAGAGCUUCCUUGCUAAGAAAUCUGUAUCAGCAACAGGAAAAUAAUACGACAGCGACGGCGACGACCACUACUGCGGAAGAGGCCGAGCAACACAGUGACAUGGAUUCGAUCUCAUCCGUUCGAUCCAUGAACAGCCCGUGCCCGGGCACACCCCCUCCGCCCUAUCGCGAAGUCAUGGCCCAUCGAAAUCGCUAUCCAAGGAUCUACCUCAAUGGGAGAUUCAUAUUACCACAGAUGGCGACCGAGAGGGCUCACCGAGCCGCUGUUCGAAUCGAUUCUCCCGGUGGCAAUGCAUCGUCCAACAGUAACUGAAAAUUAUUAGGAUAUCAAAUACUUUUCAGACAGACAGAUCAAUUCAAUUGGUGCAUGCAUACGGUUACGAAUAUUGAAUGCCGUGCGUGUGAAAGUUUAAGAUUUUUUUUUUUUUUUUUGUCAAAC